AUGGAGAAGAAUCAGAUCUGGAGAAGUAUAGCUUUCGCAGCGUUCGCGUUUGCGCUUCUCUCCCAAUCGGUCUCCGCAGACGACGUCGUUGUGCUCUCUGAAGAGAAUUUCGAGAAGGAAGUUGGUCAAGACAAAGGAGCUCUCGUUGAGUUCUACGCCCCUUGGUGUGGACACUGCAAAAAGCUAGCUCCAGAAUAUGAGAAGCUCGGUAACACCUUCAAGAAAUCUAAAUCUGUUUUGAUUGCCAAGGUGGACUGUGAUGAGCAUAAGAGUGUGUGCACCAAAUAUGGAGUCUCUGGGUACCCAACCAUUCAGUGGUUUCCAAAAGGAUCUCUGGAACCCAAAAAGUUUGAAGGGCCACGCACUGCAGAAUCACUUGCCGAGUUUAUAAAUACAGAAGCAGGAACUAAUGUAAAGAUUGCUACAGCUCCAUCUAGUGUAGUGGUGCUAACACCUGAAAGCUUCAACGAAGUUGUCUUGGAUGAAACCAAAGAUGUCUUGGUUGAGUUUUACGCACCAUGGUGUGGACAUUGCAAAAGUCUUGCUCCUAUUUAUGAAAAAGUUGCUGCAGCCUUUAAAUCGGAGGACGAUGUAGUGAUUGCAAAUUUGGAUGCCGACAAAUAUAGAGACCUGGCUGAAAAGUAUGAUGUGAGUGGAUUUCCUACCUUGAAGUUCUUCCCAAAGGGCAAUAAAGCCGGCGAAGAUUAUGGAGGUGGUAGAGACUUAGAUGACUUUGUGGCUUUUAUCAAUGAGAAAUCUGGAACAAGUCGUGAUUCAAAAGGACAGCUUACUUCUGAGGCUGGUAUAGUAGAGAACUUGGACGUGCUGGUAAAGGAGUUUGUAGCUGCUAAUGAUGAAGAGAAGAAGGCCGUAUUUGCCAAAAUAGAAGAGGAGGUUGGGAAGCUUCAGGGUUCUUCUUCUAGAUACGGGAAGAUUUACUUGAAAACUGCCAAGAAUUACCUGGAGAAAGGUUCUGAUUAUGCUAAGAAAGAAAUUCAGCGCCUAGAGCGCAUACUUGAAAAGUCUAUCAGCCCAGCUAAGGCCGAUGAGUUCACUCUAAAGAAAAACAUCCUGUCGACAUACGCUUGA